CUAUAGUGCAUUCGACCCAAAAAGCCGGCAAAUUGGACUGUUUAGGCAAUACAUAAAAAAUACCGGUCAACCGCCCAUCCUAUAACACAACACCACCUCCAUUAUUUACAGCUUACUCUUUAAAACCUUAAAAAAAACUCAGAACAUUCAUCAGACCGCACCAUGAUAAAGCUUUUCAUCAAUGGCGAAGAUUACAAAAGUUUAUGAGAAGAUGACACAUAUUUGCAGGAAGAUUAACGUUCAUCAUGUCAAUGUAAAGUGGAGUAUACUUGAACGUGUGUCAGCUUUCAGACAGUUUUUUCAGUUUCUUUUGGAUAAAAUUCUUUCUUGUUCAAUCGGUAAGCCUAUUAGGUAUCGCCGGCUUACUCUCCGGUCUUCUUCUUUGCUGCCGGAGGUUACUGAAUCCGGUGGAGUGGCUCCACCGGAGGAGGCAGUUGCAAGGUUUAAUGGUAAUAGCACAGAUUCUGAUUUAGUCCCUUUGAAGAUCAGUUUGUUUGGUGAUUGCCAGAUUGGUAAAACUAGCUUCGUGGUCAAGUAUGUAGGGGAUGAGCAAGAGCAGAAAUGCUUGGAGAUGAGAGGAUUAAAUUUAAUGGAUAAAACAUUAUUUGUUCAAGGUGCAAGGAUUACAUUUAGUAUAUGGGAUGUAGGAGGUGAUAGUAGGUCACUUGAUCAAGUUCCUAUUGCCUGUAAAGAUGCAGUAGCAAUUUUAUUCAUGUUUGAUCUUACUAGUCGGUGUACUCUUAACAGCGUAAUUGAAUGGUAUAGUCAAGCAAGAAAAUGGAAUCAGACGGCAAUUCCUAUAUUAAUAGGGACUAAAUUUGAUGAAUUUGUGCUACUACCCCCAAAUUUGCAAUGGGCAAUUAUUACUCAGGCAAGGGGAUAUGCAAAGGCAAUGAAAGCAACCCUAUUCUUUUCAAGUGCAAAACAUAACAUAAAUGUGAACAAGAUCUUCAAAUUCAUUAUGGCUAAGUUUUUCAAUCUUCCUUGGACUUUAGACAGAAAUUUAAGAAUUGGAGAACCUAUUAUUGACUUUUAAAUUUUAUUUUAGCAAUUUUGCUCUUUUGUACAUAGCCAAAAAGGGAGAAAGAAAUUGGUUAUACAAGCCCUUUUUUCCUUUUUAAUUGAUAAUUUCCUCUUUAUUA